GUGAAAGCGCUGUAGGGUACUGUGUUAACUGAAAAAUGUUUCUGAAACAUCCUAUAAGUUUUACUCUUGUUUCGGUGCUCACAGUAAAUCUGUUGGCCACUACAGGAGACAUAACUUUAUCAUGGACUUCCCCGAUCUACCCUAAACUCUACUCCAACGAUUCCUCCAUCAAUCCAUUGGGCAGACCCAUCACGGAAGACGAAGAUGGGUGGCUGGGAUCCUUGCUUACUCUUGGAGCAAUUGUGGGCCCUUUUCCCUACAGUGUCGUAGCCUCUAGGUUCGGAAGAAAGAUAGGCCUACUCGCAAUCGCAAUUCCACACAUCGUGUCCUACUUCACCUUGGCCUUUGCGAGGACGAUCUAUCUGUUCUACUUCGCGAGAGUAUUUGGUGGCUUAGCCAUGGGUGCCGGGUACAGUCUGCUGCCUAUGUACAUUGCAGAAGUAUCAGAAGUCGCCAACAGAGGCAUGAUGUCGCUAACACUAAACGUAUUUUGGGCCAUAGGAAACUUUAUCCCGUACGCAAUAGGUCCCUUCAUAUCUAUCAUGUGGUUCAACAUAAUUUUAGCUUGCAUCCCGACAGCCUUCUUUAUUAUAUUUGUCAUAAUAGGGGUUGAAACCCCAUAUUUCUUAGCCGAGAAGAACAAAACUGAUAAAGCUGAAAAAUCACUGAUGAAAUUAAGGUCCCUCGAGAAACAAGGAGUGCAGAAGGAGCUUGAAGAUAUCAAGGCUCACUUGAAAAAGGAUGAGGACGGACACUUGACUGACAUCUUGAAGAGACCAGAGCUUAGAAAGGCCUUCAUAAUAUGCUUAGUGCUAAUUAUAGCCCAAGAAUUGUCUGGUUUCUGCGCCAUCACAUUCUAUUUACAACCUAUAUUUGAAGCUGCAGGCACACCAAUAUCUUCAGAAAUGUCUGCUCUCUACGUAGGUAUUUCUAUGCUUGUAUCUAGCUUCAUAUCACCCUUCCUCGUAGACCGUCUAGGCAGGAGAAUAUUAAUAAUAGGAUCGUGUUGUGGUAUGUGCGUUGCACUGGCCAUGAUAGGUGCCUUUUUCUACGUGCAAGAUGCAACAGACAAUAGCACCGAUUCCAUUACUUGGAUUCCCAUCUUCAGCUUAAUUUUCUACAUCACCUCUUUCAAUUUCGGUAUGAGUUCUGUACCCUGGACGCUCUGUUCGGAGAUGUUCCCAAGCAAUGUCAAGCAGAUAGCCGCCUCGUGUGUAUCCAGCACCUGUUGGAUCACAACUUUCCUAGUUACCAGAUUUUUUAAUGAUAUGAAUGAUGGUUUGGGAAGGUUCGGCAGCUUCUGGUUCUUCUCGGCUUCGUGUCUGGUCGCUGCAGUGUUCAGCGUAGUAAUGGUACCAGAAACUAAAGGCAAGAGUUUCAGCGAUAUCCAGGAUAUGCUUCGAUAUGGAUCCAUAAAGAAGUCUGGGGAUAAUAUAGUGCAUGAAGUUAAAGUUUGGCCUGACGAAAAUGGCAUAAAAUGAAAACGGUGAAAUAUCUCAAAAUUAAUAUAUUGGUGUUUAUUUAAUUCAGGGGGUAAUAAAAGUGAAAUACAAAUAAUUUAAUAAAAUAUAUAAAAAGAGGUAUUUGAAUACACGACCAACAUUUAUUACACCAAGUUGAUUUCAACAUGUAAAUAUUCGUGGAUUUUCUCAAAUUUUACUGUUUGUACCAUAAUUGUUAUUUAUUUAGAAAAUAAAGACAUAUUUUUUAAUAUA